AUGGGUCCUAUUGCUGUAAAAAUGGAAAACAGUAAUAGUUUCUCCAAACAAAUCAAUUCACCUAACAAAGUUCAGAAACCCAAGAGACAAAGGAAUAGAGUCCCAGUAUCAUGUCUAGCCUGCAAAAAAAGAAAAGUCAAAUGUGAUAAAGGAAAGCCGGCUUGCGGAGGUUGUGUGAGAAAUGGGGUAGGACAUCUAUGUCAGUAUAUUAAUCCUCCUUGGAUAGAUAAAGAUGUCAGUGGCGAGGGGUCAUCGCCGCUGAGUUCAUGCCACUCACUUCUGUCGCCGGUGAAAAUAGAAACCACAAGUGAAUAUAAACAACUAAAAGCCCAAAAUGAAAAGACCAUUUCCAACCAGAAGAAGGAAAUAGAAAACCUUAAAAGACAACUACAGGUACUCCAACAACUAUCCCCCCGCAAUAGCCAGUCUCCAAAUGGUGAAGGUCAAGAUGAGAGUGCACUCUAUUUAGCCAAAGAAAUUACCAUUCUAUCCAAAUUAAGUCCAUUUGCUGUUUUUCCUCGAGUUCCAAUGGAGAUACUAAGUGAGUAUACUGUUUUGAAUUCACGAGUUUUAUCUUUCCCGGUUUGCCUAGAUAUAUAUUCCUGGGUAAAUACAAUAAAGCUUGAUCCACAAUUAACUACGUUGUGGUUCAAAAUCACAAAUUUACAAAAAAUGUAUCACAUGUAUAAAAUUAACAAGUUGAAAAAUGAUAGUACUGCAAAGAAACUAGCAUCAGUCCCAUUGAAGAAAACUCCAUCGAAAAUAAAUGAGAUUGAUUUCACUUGUUCGUUUCUGUCAAGCGAUUCGCAGACUGUGGAACACCAAGCUGUACCACUUGCAACAUCAACAUCUAACAGCCACAAAUGUCCAGUCAUAGAAUGUGACUUCAACUUUAUGGGUGACGAAGCUCAGUCACAAACACCGAGUCCGAAAAAGAAUUUAACGAGCAGUACUUUUACCCCAAUAGCUCAAAACCAGGAUGAUUCGGAGAAAUUACAAUGCCCCAUGAUCAAGAGCGAUAUACAUAAUAAAUCAAAGAGUCUACAACAGAAACUUCAAAAUCUAUGGGAAUCGAUAUUAAACUUGACUCGUGGUUCAACCUUAAAUUACCGACAACUUGUAUUUCUUUUGGACUUUUAUUUCAAAAGCGAAAUUUUUGAAAGUAAAACUUUAUUAUUGUUCUAUAAGACAGAUAUUCUUAAUGUAAUCCAAAAGGGGUUAGACGGAGAACUAAUACUCAAUUUACCCAAAGGAUUGGAUGAAGAUAUAUAUUACCAAUUGAAAAUCAGUGGAAUUUAUGUUUCCAUGAUAGCAAUAAUAGUGGAAGAGACACUCACUUAUUUAAGGAAUGUUCUUAAAUGUGAAGUUGUGGAUGAAAUAACUCAAAAUUUCAAUAUUGUAUUCCCCCAAGAAUAUACAUAUUUGGGACUUGGAGCUAAACAGACAAAUAUUCUUUAUAUUAUUGAAGAUUUUUUAACUUGCGAUGAUGAGAACAUUAAUUUGGUUUCCUUUGUUGCCUUAUACAUUACUGUAUUGAACAAGAUAAUUUAUGAAUACAAGAAACCAGGCGGGCUUAUAGUUGAUCCUAAAACAUUAUUCACAAAACUAUUUUCCAAGUUUAUUGAAAAUAUACUUUCCUCCAAUACUGAUAUGGAAAUUUGGAAGGAUCCUGAAUUGAUAGAGUUUCAGAGUUAUCAAAGAAAAAGAGCAAAACACUUAAAAUUACAUUUUAGUCUUCUUUGGACAGAGGUGAUAAGAAUAUGUAAUUUAGUGUCGUUCAGUUUUGUCCCUAUCAUCAAACAAUCGUCUGAAUUAGACCAUUUGAUGCAAAAAAUGUAUGCUAAAAUUGCAAUAAUUGAUCUGUUGCAGUGUCAUUUGAAAUACUUGACAAGUGUGGGAGAAAGUAACUUAAUUAUAGCUUUGCAUGUGCAUUACCUAAUAGCAAGUAUAACUUCGUCUUUCCAUUACGGAAUAUUAAAUAUUGGGAUACCAAAAUUGACAGUAUCUAAGUUGGAUAGUUUAAUCAAGCAAUGUUCUACAUGGUUACAGGAUUCAGGGUUAGAAGGAAUAAUUGAAAUCAAAAGAAUGGAAGUGGUCUAUAUGUUAUCAUAUUUGAGACUUUUCAUGAUUUAUAUUUUGUUAUUACAAGGAGAGGAAUUAAACGAUGAAGGAUUGCUUGAAAUGUUUGUGUUUCCUGGUAUUGUUUCAAGGUUGAGUCAAUUUGUUGAGAUUUUAAAAAAUGGCAAUCAUCAAUCUCAGUAUAUAUAUCUGGCUUUAAUUGAAUUGUUUACUAGAUCUAUACAAAUUGCAAUUGGAUUGUUAUUAAGAGUCAAGAAUCAAAGUGGGUUUUUAAAACUGCAUCAAUCAUUGCUUGAAGAUCAAAUUAACAAGAUCACAAAAGAUGUAUCUUCAACUUUGAAGUUUUUGCAAACUGUUAUUGUCAACAAUAAAGAGAAAUUGAUCAAAUUAUCUAAAUUGUGGAAGUUCUAUCUCACUUUUGUCAAUAAUAGCAAUUCUAAACAAGUCAAUUAUGCUGCAUUGCAUAAAGGUGUGCCAGAAUUUAGUCAACCCAAAUCCUGCCCUGUUAUCCAUGAUUCCGAUGCCAAGUCAACUGCCAUGACAAGCUCAUCAUCUUCAAGUGUUUCUAUAAAAAGUGAGGGAGCUAAAUGUCCAAUUUCUCACAUAACAACACUGAUGAAUGAAAAUGAGGAAUCAACAAGAUUGCAAGAAGUUGGGUCGAAUGUCAUACUUCCACCUAUUGUUUCAUAUGGUAAUAGUCUUGUGGAAAAUGGUGUUAGUUCCAAUGGUUCUGGGUCAGGUGUGUCGAAUCAGAAGAGACGUAAAUGUCCCUUUGAUCACACUGCCAUGAUGAAACGGAAAUCAAUUUACAAUAAUCCUAUAGAGUCUAAUAUGAGAGAGUAUCGGUCAUACACGCCUAGUCCAUUAGGAAGCAGUAUACCAAUAACUACUCCAAUGAUGAGACAACACCAACAAGACAACGAUGAAGAGAUGUUGAAACCAGUACCUCUGUACACGCCACCAUCAAAUCAACAAAUUGAUAGUGCAGCCAGUGCAACUUCGAGUCCUUCAUUGUUUGCUUUUGAUGAUUUGGAUGUAUUCAAGGAGUUUAAUGAUUUUGAUUUGGAUUUUUUGCAUAAUGAACAUUUAUUGAAUCAUAUUGAAAACAAUAACACUAUUAAUGUGAAGAAUAAUGUUAAUAGCAAUACUGACAGUAAUGAGAGUAAAAAUAUCGAAAAUCAUUUUCAAGGAUGA